GGGAUGGUGGCCAAGUGAGAGGCUGCGCCUGCACUGUCCUUGAGGAGCUGUGCAGUAGCUGCCGUGGAGAGGUUGCGCUCCUGUUUGACCUGUAGCGGACGAGGACGUCUAUCAGCUGUGGUUGUCUUUGUCGGGCAGAUGAAGAAGUAGAGGAAAGAGUAGGCAGUGAGAUAAGGCAGGGUAGUUGUAAAAGUAAGCUGGAGGGUGUGUGGGUGGAGGAGAGAAGAGAGAGUGCGGAAGGUAGGAGAGAGAUGCUUUUAUAGGCAGGCAAGCGGGCACGGGCCACGUUCCGUCUUGAAGCAGCGUGGUGUGGUGCGGUGUAGGCGGCGAAGUGGGUUGAGGAGUAGGUGCAGGUGGAGGAGGAGGGAGAGAGAAGGAGGAGACGGUGUGAAGGAAUGGCUUUUGUGGGUGAAGGGGGCCACGUGCCUACUUCCUUUCUGGUGGCAGACGACAGAGUAGGCAGGUGGAGGGCAGUGGGAGAGGGCAAGUUGAUGCAGACUGUGGAGUGGCUCGAAGUCGGUCUGAUCGUGGUGGAGGAGGAGGAAGAAGAAGAAGGGGAGAGGGAGGAGGAAGUCCGGGAGGAUGGCUUUUGGACUUCGUACCUUUUUAGUGGUUUGCCGGGCAAUGAGCGCACCGAGAGCACUGUUGAUGCCGCCAAUCGAGGACUUGGUGACGCUUGCGGCGAACGCUGCGAGGUGGACAGACGGACGGAAGAACACACUGCCUGGCAAAGCCGGCAAUGGCGCUGCUCUGAUGAUGUCUUUUGCAGCAGGGACAGCAGAAGGACCAAGAUGAUUCGGCCUGAGCUUUUGGCAAGGCACGGUCGAAUGGGUCGCUGGUGGAUGCGAACGUUUGGAUGCGUGGAGACAAGGCGUUUGCAUCAUCCUCAGGCCGUGAGCAUCCCCGCGCUCCGCAAGAGCCAAAGGAAAGAAGAACCAGACAUUGACGGGAAGGAGAAAACGGGACAUGGUGACGAGGAACAAAUCAAACGUAGCGGAUCGUCUAUCGGAGUUUCCAGCCGUGUAAUCUGGAUUCCAUCAUCAGCAACAUAUUUCUUCUUCCUUGGUCGAAGAAGAAUGGCGACCCUUGCCACACGUGGGCACCGCAUCGGCGGAGGGGGAGUGCACCCUAAGAAACGGCAAUACACUGACGACGACGUACCAAGACAGUCUAUCCCAUGCGCGUCGCCUGCCGGUUUGAAAAAACAAAUCUUGAUUCGAACAGUAGCUGACGCAAACAGUAAGCUUUUGAGCCGGAUGCAAGCGUGCGGACCUGGAGGAUCGAUGCCUCUUCGCGGCGGCGUACCUGGAAACACGCAAGACCGGAAAGAAGCGCCGAAUUCUUGAACCAAUCUAUCCCUAGUCUUCCCAGAGGCGUCGAAUCGUGAAGAAAGAAG